UUGCUUGUGUAUACUGCAGGAUUCAAAAGGAGGGAUCACCUUGUCAACCUCAUCAGCAACUUAUCUGACGUUAUUUUAUGCAGCUACAUGAAUAAUUCAACAGGUGCAAUGGAUGACCAGAACGAUCGCAACGAGAUCUCCAACCAAGCCGAGGUGGAGAUGCGAAACCCCAACAAACGCACGCCAAGUAUCUCUUCAAAAGAAGAAGAUGCGAAUGAAGAUGUUGAGUGUGUCCCGUACGGGUGGCUGUCCAUCCGACCCAAGUGGCUUCAGUUCCUCAACAACCCUAAGGGUUAUCUGGUGUUCCUGUGCUGGUUCGUUUUUGUCCAGGGCAUGGCGGUUAAUGGCUUCAUCUCCGUCAUCAUCUCCACUCUAGAGCGCCGAUUUGUCCUUCCCAGCGUGCAAAGCGGCUCCAUCAGCAGCUGCUACGACUUCUCCGUCAUGAUCAUCAUCAUCUUCGUCACCUACUUAGGCGAGAGCAGCCACAAACCCAAGUGGCUAGGCACGGGCGCCUUCAUCUUCGUCCUUGGCUCGCUGGUGUUCAUGCUGCCUCAUUUCAUAACCCCAGAAUAUGACGUCACGCCUUCUGAGGUCGACACCUGUGACCCGACACGCCCGACUGCAAAUACGUGUCUCGAAGGCGACUCUAGCCUGAGUAACUACUUCUGGAUGUUUGUAGCCGCGCAGGCGCUGCAUGGUAUAGGCGCUUCUCCUCUCUUUACAUUGGGAGUCACCUACCUGGAUGAGAACGUUAGGCCAGCAAGUCUGUCUAUUUACAUUGGUAUUUUCCAGGCUGUAUCUACACUGGGUCCUGCUGUCGGGUAUUUAGUCGGAGGACUGUUCCUCGGAAUUUGGACCGACUUCCCUAAAGAGCCACCAGGGGGUAUAGCCGAUGACCAUCCGUUAUGGGUGGGUGCGUGGUGGUUGGGGUCGGUCAUGCCAGCAUGUCUUGGGAUCCUCAUGGUGCUUCCACUCUUAGGCUUCCCAAGAUACCUCAAAGAUCAUAAAAAGGUUGCAGCGCUAAGGGUUGUGGAAAACCAAAAAGGAACGGAUUUCAAGUCCAGGAGUGAAACAGAGGGAGUAGCAGGUGGCAUCAAAGACUUCCCAGUUGCAGUCUGGACCCUGGUUAAGAAUGCCCCCUUCAUGUUCAUCUGCCUCGGUCUCAUCACGGAAUCGAUGAUCCUGUCAAGUAUCUCUGCCUUUGGGCCAAAGUUGCUGGAGUCACAGUUCAGCGUGUCUUCUGGGUCAUCUGCCAUCAUUGCCGGUAUGGUCGUCAUCCCAUCCGGACUAAUCGGCGCUCUGAUUGGUGGGUUCCUAGUCAAGAAAUUCAACCUGAUGUUCCGGGGCAUGAUUCUUCUGUGCAUCGCGACGCUCAGCGUUUCUCUUGUCCUCAUGGCUGGCUUCUUCUUCAAUUGUCCAAGUCUCAGGUUUGCUGGCGUCAACACUUACUACAACAACACAUCGUUGGACUAUAAAGGCGUCUUCGACCUCGCGUCCCAAUGUAACAGCAACUGCAGCUGUGACACCUCAUACAACCCCGUGUGUGGAGACAACAACAUCAUGUACUACUCGUCGUGCCACGCUGGCUGCACCGAGAAACUGGACAAGAACGCUGACGGGUACCAGACUUUCUCCGGCUGUGGUUGCGUCUCAGCGAACGAGACCGAUGCACGUAACGGGGCAGUGGCCGGCGAGUGCUCGAUCGACUGUGGUAACUUGUGGGGCUUUAUAGUCGUUGUCUUCGCUAUGGCGUUGUUCGCGUUCGUGGCAGUGGUACCAACUGUCACGGCUACUAUAAGGUGUGUUUCGCACACGCAGCGUGCGUUUGCACUCGGUGUGCAGUCUCUCCUGUACCGGGCAUUAGGGACCGUACCUGGACCCAUCAUCUUCGGUAGCAUCAUCGACCAGUCCUGCAUCCUGUGGGAGACAUCGUGCGACGGCGCCCGCCAGUGCUGGCUCUACAACAACGGCGAGAUGAGUCUGAACGUCUUCAUCCUUCUCGCCAGCCUCAAGCUGGGCUCCUGUAUCUUCUACAUCCUCUGCUACAUGACCUACAGGGCGCCCUCUAGCGCCGAGGAGGGCAAGGACAGCGACGUCAAGAUGGCGUCCGAUGGGAAGGCAGAGGGCGCCCCGGUUGGCACACUCAGCACAGAUUUUUAGUUUAGUGACGAGUAGAAGUUAUUAAUUUUUUUUUUUUUUUUGGGGGGGGGGAAUUUGGUUCGGAUAUAACGCUGAAUUAAUGAAGUUCUAAAUAGGCUGCCAACAAAGAAAGUCUCUGCCAAUAAAAAAAAUCUUCACUGCCAAUACAUCUAAAAUACAAAUCAAUAGACUGAAUAGACCUCAUUCAUUUUUGUUAUACUUUCGCACAAUAGGUUCUGUAGGUUUUACAUUCAUUGGCAUUAUUAUUGAUCGAAAUGAUGUUUAUUAAAGAUCCAAUUUAUAAUUUCUGUACUUGACAAUUUACUUGCAGCUUUCCAUCACGUGACUCCGGCACGUGUCUCCGUUAUAGUCAACGUUAGAUUUUACUAUUCGUAUAUAGCGUAGCAUAUUUUGUUGCUCUGACCUGUAGUACAGACAUAUCCGAUUCUGAAUUAAGUCGUAUAGUGCAAUGAACUCACUAAAUAAGAAAACAGAAACUCAAGUAUAGAACGGCAUUUAAAAAUUUAUUUUGUAAAAAAAAUUUCAGACAAUUGAUAUUUUGUUUCCUGUGUACAAACUGGUGAUUGGGUUUAAUAAAAUAAUGUUGUUAAUUUGGUUUUACAUUUCUUACUUAUUAAGUGAAUUUUUAUUAAAAACUAUGCAGAUAGUGUGCCUUUUCAAUAAAUCCAAGGGAUUUUUUAGGUUGAAAUGUGUUGUAUUCAUUAAUUAUUUAAAACUAUUUUGAAACUUUCUAGAAUCAUUCCAGAUGUAUAUUAAAACAAUCAAUGGAAGUAUAUAAUGCUCAGACAAUUUAUAUUUAGAAAUCUUGUAAAUUACAAGCGUUUUUCUUUAAUAAAAAUAUUGUUACAAUAUGAGUUAUUCUC